UCCUGUAUUUAUUAGUUGCCGCACAACGUUGUCUCUCUCCUCCUCUUCAGUUGUGUGUAUGUUGAUUUAUUUUAAUUUUUGAAAGUUUUUCACAGUUUGUGAAGUAUAGACCUCAGCGUUUAACGUAUGCGUGGUAACCUAACAAGGUAGUAGGCUAAACGUGGUUGUAGUGUUUAGGCUAAACAACAGCUAACUUAAAGUGAGAAAGGCUACCUUGUUGUUUACGUCAACGUUAUAACAUGUUGAUUUUUAUAUUUAGGGGCGUAUUUCCGUUAUGUUAAGAUAGAUCAGGAUUCUCAUGCAAAGAUAAUGCAUGACCACUUCCUAACUGUUGGGAACAUCGCCCUAUGUCUCGUCGCCCUGCUCAACGCUCAAAGGCUAUUCAAGGUUCACAGAGCUCCAGCUGUUGGAUUUUUCCUUGUGGCUUGUUCAGCUGGACUGUCUGCGCUUCCCAGCAGCCCACUGUUAGUGUCUGUGCGGGAGGACCUUCAAUGGGUUGCAGAGGUACUGGGCCCAGCCAUGGUCGCCUUUGGCUUCCUCUGGCUAAGUGAUGACCAUUCCACAGCAUACGUGCUUCUGACUGGCUCGGCACUUCUCUCCACACUCACGGACUGGCUGUCUCGAGAUGGGUUGACCGUGAUGUCCCGCUGCAUGGCCCUGUCGUCCCUCUCUUGCUCCCUCACCGUGUGUCUCUUUGCGGGGAACAUAUUAGGGGUAUUAGGAAGUGUGGCCUUAAGUUUGCCCGCCAUUGUGGCUCUCAACAGCACCAGUCCUCUCGUGUCUCCUGAGGCUGCUGGGGGUGUGCUGAAGUCUGUUUUGAUUGGCACUACCACUCUAGGCUGCUGGUCCAUCAGGCAGUCACUAGAAAAAUACUUUCAGGACCUGCAGGGCUGGGACAGAAAUAACAUACUUACUUGAAUAACCCAUUUGAGUGCAUUAUUAGUGCAUGCAAAUUACCAUUGUAAAGUGUGCUUGGUUUGUUGAUUGAUAAUACCAUAUUGUUCAUAUUUAGAAUAUGAAAGGAUCUAACUUGACUCAUAUGAUGCACUGUUUUACCCCAGUAACUUCCUUUUCUUGCACAUAUCAAUAUGUAUUAUCUCAGUAUGUAAUGUAUAUUUAUAAUGACACUUAAUAAAAUAGAUUGAAGUUAU